CCAUCCGGCUGCUGCUGCUGCUGCUGCUAAGACCUCGCUCCUCGUCCCCCAUCCACGCAGGAAAAGGAGCAGAAAGAGAGACGAGUCCGGAUUGGGCGAUCUUGUCUGUACUGUACCUGAGCCCAGAGCAGGCGCGCUUUGCUCGGUGCCUGACGCGCGGCCGGACUCUGCGCAUCUUUAGAUUCCAAAGUGAAGCCCAACUAAAUUCGAUAGGAUUGAUGGACUCUCAAAGGGUGGCUGGAUGUGAGAAGGAGCAAACAGAGGACUUUAGGGGCCCCCGAGAGCCCCCCCCACACACAAAACAAGACAGGAAGAAACUGCUCUGCAUCGUUGGCUGGGCACCUGCUCACACCCUGGUGCUGGUGCCACAUGAUCUAAGUCGGUCACACUGAAGAGGAGGGGUUUGCUUUGCUCCCACUUCUCCCAGGAGCAUUGACUGUGCCGGGAUUGACCUCUUGACAGGUUUGCAUUCUCCAGCUUUCCCUAGCUUGCACAAAGCGGCCGAAAUCACUGUGUGAGUGCCACAAAAGAGCAGCCCCUGGCAGAGGCGGUGAUGCUGGGGUGCUCUCUUUGGGGCUCUGCACCCCCCACAACAACUGGGGAGAAGAGAGGAGCCGGGUGGCUUGAACCGCUGCUGCUGCUGGUGGUGAUCCUCUCCGGUUGGGUUUUGGCUCAGCAGACGGCUGAUUGCCCCGGACCCUGCGACUGCUCUGAGGCAGCCAGGACAGUGAAGUGCAUCAACAGGAACCUGACGGAGGUGCCUGUGGGCCUGCCCCGCUAUGUGCGGAACCUCUUCCUCAUGGGCAACUACAUCCAGAACGUCUCGUCUGCCUCAUUCCCCUCGGAGUCCCUUCUAGAACUCAGCAGCCUCAACCUAAGUGGUAAUCGCUUGCAGUGGGUGGAGGCUGGGACCUUUGCCGGGCUGCCCAGCUUGAAGCAGCUGGACCUCAGUGACAACUCCCUCCUCGAGCUCAGCCCCAUGGCCCUGGGCAACACCAGCAGCCCCCUAGAGGAGCUGAACCUGCACAACUCCCUCUAUAACAACAGCUAUGUGACCGCCGUGGCCCAGCUGCUUCAGCAAGAGGCCUUCCUGAACUUGAAGCGCCUGGAUCUGUCCGAAAACAACCUGCUCUACCUGCCCCAGGGCAUGUUUGCUGCGCUGCACAGCCUGCAACACCUGGACCUGCAGAACAACUCCCUGGUGAGUCUGCACGGCGUGACGCUCGAGAACCUCCGCCAGCUCCAGAGCUUCAACCUCAGCGGCAAUGCCCUCAAGCGCCUGAGGAACAGCACCCUCCUGCAGCUCCGGGGACUUCCUCAGCUCGCCAGCCUCAACCUCACCCACAACACUUGGGUCUGCGACUGCGGCAUCGAGGACCUGGUCAGCUGGCUCAAGGAGAGUGACCUGGUGGAGGCCAAGUCGUCCCUCAAGUGCUCUUACCCCAAAGGGAUGGAGAACAGGUCCUUGGUGGCCAUCGAUUUUUCAGAGCUGAGCUGUCCAGAGCUGACCGAUAACCAGACUCAGCUGCAGACCUCUUAUGUCUUCCUCGGGAUAGUCUUGGCCCUCAUUGGUGCCAUUUUCCUCCUGGUUUUGUACUUGAAUCGCAAAGGGAUCAAAAAGUGGAUGUACAAUAUCAGGGACGCCUGUAGAGACCACAUGGAGGGCUAUCACUACAGCAUCUGAAUGGGUCACAAGCAACAGCAGCAGCUCUGUACAUGUGAUGAAGGAAAAUAAGAUCUGGUAAGAGAACAUUUUCAGUUCUAAGCGUCUAAGUUACUUUUUAUAUACCACAGAAGAAAAAUUGAACUCGAUUUUUGCUGUUGCAAAGGAGUCCUUGACACUGUCCUUAUCAGCAAUGAGGAUUAUGACAAGCUUAACUGAAAUAAUUAUUACUUGACUGAAACAAGAUUCCUAGCACCACCGUUGACCUGUUGUGUGACCUGCUGUGGAGUGGAUGAUAAACUUUAUACAUGUCCUUAUGGAUGCACUUGUAAUAAUGCAACUCUGAGCUUUUGCACAAAAUAAGAAGAACUAUGCUUUCGGGAUUCCCCCCCCCCAUUCAAAAGUUUCAGUUGCACUGUAUCUGCCAUUAAAUAAGACUAGUCAGUAGAGAAGAAUACAAGUGGAGACUUGUGAGUCACUCUACUUGAAGGGGAAGGCUUCAAUUGGCUCACUGAUAGGAUACUUCAGGAGGGCUUCCACCACUCCUCUUGGCUCUGUGAUUGUUGCCACUAUCAUAUACAGCCUUAUCACCAAGCAACCAUGCAAAGGCAGGGCUGCGACUUUUCCAGAAGUGCCUAGAUAAUGCACUUUUGAAAGGAGUUUUAAAGAUUUUUUAGUAAGAAUUUGCCCUGAUGAGAUAACUGAAGCAGCCCUUGAAAGUUGGGGUGUUGCUUUUCAGCAGUUGGUUCAUGGCAGGCCAUUUUAAUGUUCAUGUGCAAACUGCUCCUCCUGCACUUGUCUGAGGAGAGCAUCAACAAGACAUCACCCCUCAAUAACAUCUGUCGGUUCUAGAUAGGUCAGUUGGGUUGAGUGUGGUGCUCAGAACGCCAAGGUCAUAGGUUUGACCCCUUUAUGAGACAAUGGCAUAUUCCUGUAUUGCAGGGGGUUGGACUAGGUGAUCCACAGGGUCCCUUUCAACUCUACAAUUCCAUGAGUUCCACCUCUUUACUUUGGCCUUUUGACGCCCAUGAUACAUAUUUUUAGGGCCUACCCUAUUUUGAUUUGUAAAUUGUUUUAACAUAUUUUAAAAUUGUAUUUUAAAAUUGAAGUCACAUGCCCUGAUACUUUAUGGUAAAGAACAGAUAAGAAACUUGAUCAUCAUCAUCCCUGGCCGUGGCUGAGAGGAGCUGGGAGUACCAUAGGUUAGUCACUCCUGCAGUUGAGCAUUUAAUUUAGAGUAUGCAUGAAGUCUCCUACAUAGAUUAAUGAGCCAGGCAUAUGCCCAAAGUAAGUAUAAAGUUAAGUCCUGUGCCGCCUAAUAUUUGUGGCUACUGUUCAAUGUGGCUUAUUCUCAGGUAAGUACAGUGGUGCCUCGACUUACGAAUUUAAUCUGUUCCAAAGGCACCUUCGUAAGUCGAAAAAUUUGUAAGUCGAAAAGCGCCAUUGGAAACGCGAUUUCCCAUAGGAAUGCAUUGGAAACGAAAAAAUUCGCAAGUCAAAGCAACCCUAUCUAAAACCGCCGCUGUUUCCAUUCGGAUGUCGAAAAAAUUGUAAGCGUGCGGCCAUUUGCCCCAUUCGUAAGUCGAAAAAUUCGGUUGUCGAAAAAUUCGUAAGUCAAGGUAUCACUGUAUGUGUAGGGCUUCUGCCUGCCUUAAUUUGAAUGUUUAAGGGCACAGAACUGCAAACUUUAUUGUCCUUAUUCUUCUGUUUAUGUUGCAAUUGGCACAUAAUUCUGCCCAUCCAAGCUUUCUCUGGUUCCAUUGGACCUGAACAUGUAUUGCUUGAAAAACAGGCAAAAUAUUCAAAGAGGAUAAAUCUGCCAUGAUGGCUAUAUCACCUCCAGGCUUAGAGGUGGCCUACCUCCAAAUUUCACUCACCAGGGGACAACAGGAAAUGACGAUUGCACUCACGUCUUGCUUGCGGCCUUCCCAUAGGCAUGGUGACCCUAGUGACUAGUUGCUGGGAAACAGAAAAUUGGCCUAAAUUGGCCUUUCAUCAGCUCUUGCGGUCUCUUCUGUUUUCAAAUGUACCAGUCAAGUCCUAUAACUUUCUAACCUAAAGUGUAUACUUCAGAAAUAGUGUAUUUUUAAGUUUAAAAAAAUGCAGUUGAGAAGUUCGUUAAAGAUUGAACAAACAGGAAAUCCCAAUUGAAAUGGGAGUUGCAUUAACACAGCUCAUGUUCGUUUCAGUGCGGCUUGUGCCCAAAGCCCUCUUCAUGUUUUGCAGAAAUUGGAUUGAUUGGAUUUUUGAUUAGCAUGCUUGUGAAAUGGUGUGUCUUUUUAAACAUUUUCACCCCUUUAAAAACUAUGCAUGAUAAUUUACACUGAGUUGCUGCAACUACCAAGUGACACUGAUAAUGCCAAUAUAGUCCUAAAAGAGUUUCUAAGUGUUUACGUAAUGUUCAUUGAGAAAUUAUUGUACAUGCAAAGUGCAGUAAUAAUAUUUAUUAAGAUGUGGACCUGUUAAAUGAGUGAGAGGAUGGUUAUGGAAGAAAGUAGAAAUGCUAUAUUUAUAAUCACUUUCCUGAAUGGGCCGCUUCAUCAUGGGUUACAUUGGAUUGUAGUUUUGAAUUAAAUGUAUUUUUAGUGAUUGAAAUAAAAUAUUUGCUGAUAACUUUUACAGAUUGUUGGAGUAAUUAUUAGAAGUAAAUUUGGCAAAUACCUUAUAUUCUGGCGUAUAAGACGACCCCCAGCUUUUCCAGUUAAAAUAUAGAGUUUGGGAUAUACUCACCGUAGAAGAAAUACGACCCGGCGUAUAAGACGACCCCCAACUUUUGAGAAGAUUUUCCUGGGUUAAAAGGUAGUCUUAUAUGCAGGAAUAUACAGUAGAUGAAUGGUUGCAGCCUAAUUGUUUUUUUCUGACUGUGACUUGGUUGUCUUUUAUUUUUACACUGCUUUACCUUUUAUGAAGAAGUGCAGUAGAGUCCAAACCUCACAGUGCAAUCGACUACAUGUCUAUUCAAAACAAAGCCCUACCAAGUUCAGUGGGACUUCCUCUAAGGAACCUGAGAAUGGAAUUGUGGCCUUGGUGUGUGUGUGUUUUUUAAAAAACAUGUUUGAGGUGCAAACAUGCUGCCUCAAGUGACCUGUGGUCCUUUUUUCUGUCAGGCCUUAAACCCUCUUAAGCUGUAGAGCUUGAAGAUGUGAGGGCAAAACAUGUGUAGCAGGUAGGUGAUCCACUUUACAAACCUCAUGAUCAGGAAACCUGGUAUUGCAGGAUUCCUGAUCAUGCAGAGGCUUCCAACUAUGUUCAAUCGAACACUCUUAGAACUUAAAAGAUCCCAUCACACCUUCAUGCUAAGCACAGGAAGGGAAGGAAUGAAGAGGGCAGGCUCCAGUGCAUGAAGUGAGGGAUGUUGGAGCAGGACCGACACAUCUACAGUGGUGCCUCGCUAGACUAAUUUAAUUCGUUCCAUGGGUCUUUUUUUUAAUAACAAAAAAUUC